AUGAAAAGUGACAACGACGGUCCCAUCGCACUUGAUAUCGAUGCAUGUAUCCAAAAGUUAUUACAGGUGGGUUCAAAUAAGAACAGACCGAUUGGUAAAUCAGUGUGUUUAAAUCAAAAUGAAAUAAUCGCCAUUUGUCGAUAUGCAUAUGAUGUAUUCAUGAGUCAGCCUACUUUAUUAGAACUGAGUCCAGGUGUAAAAGUGGCAGGAGACAUUCACGGCCAAUACUUUGAUUUGAUUCGAUUAUUUGAUCUCUGUGGAUUUCCGCCUACUUCCAACUAUCUAUUCUUGGGUGAUUAUGUUGAUAGAGGAAUGUAUAGUCUAGAAACCAUUUUAUUGCUACUUUGCUUUAAAGUCAAAUACCCUGAAAACUUUUUCUUGUUGCGUGGAAAUCAUGAAUCCGCUGAUGUCACACGAAUUUAUGGCUUUUAUGAUGAAUGCAAACGAAGGACGAGUGUAAAGAUUUGGAAGAUAUUCUGUGAUGUGUUUAAUACGAUGCCUAUUGCAGCCAUUGUCGGUAACAGAAUAUUCUGUGUCCAUGGUGGAUUAUCUCCUUUUAUGCAAUCGAUGGAUCAAAUCGCUUCACUGCCCAGACCGACAGAGGUACCUGAAUACGGAUUACUAAAUGAUUUGCUUUGGUCUGAUCCAAGUGAUGCAUCGCCUGAUUGGAGUGAGAAUGAUCGUGGUGUGUCUGUUUGCUUUGGAAAAAAGAAUGUUAAUGAUUUCUUAAAGAGGUUUGACCUUGAUCUCAUUUGUCGAGCUCAUAUGGUGGUAGAGGAUGGUUAUGAGUUCUUUAAUGAUCGUACACUUGUCACCGUCUUUAGUGCGCCUAAUUACUGUGGUGAAUUUGAUAACUAUGGAGCGAUCAUGACAAUAUCCAAUGAUUUACUCUGUAGCUUUGAGCUAUUGGCACCAGAAGAUAAAUUAAAUAACAAAAGGGUAGAAAAGAAUAGGUAA